AUGACCUCAGAUCUCCUGAAUUUGGAGUUAUGGAUAGUUGUGAGCCUCCAUAGUUCGGUAACCUAUGACGAUGUGGAUGUGAACUUCACUCAGGAAGAGUGGGCCUUGCUGGAUCCUUCCCAGAAGAGUCUCUACAAAGAUGUGAUGCUGGAGACCUGCCAGCACCUUACAGCUAUAGGCUACAAUUGGGAAGAGCAUAAAAUUGAAGAACAUUAUCAACUUUUUAGAAGAUAUGGAAGAAAGAAAAGAAUACAUGUUCAUGAGAAACCCUAUGAAUGUAAACAGUGUGGUAAAGCCUUUUCCAAUCCCAGUAGUCUGCAACUGCAUAAAAGAACACAUACUGGAGAGAAACCCUAUGAAUGUAAUCAGUGUGGGAAAGCCUUUUCACAACCCAGUAGUCUCCAACUGCAUAAAAGAACACAUACUGGAGAGAAACCCUAUGAAUGUAAUCAGUGUGGGAAAGCCUUUUCACAACCCAGUGGUCUCCACCUGCAUAAAAGAACACAUACUGGAGAGAAACCCUAUGAAUGUAAUCAGUGUGGGAAAGCCUUUUCACAAUAUGGACAUCUGCAGACGCAUAAAAGAACACAUACUGGAGAGAAACCCUACGAAUGUAAUCAGUGUGGGAAAGCCUUUUCACACCUCAGUAGUCUCCAAGUACAUAAAAGAACACAUACUGGAGAGAAACCCUAUGAAUGUAAUGAGUGUGGAAAAGCCUUUUCAAAAAAAGGAAAUCUCCAAGAGCAUAAAAGAACACAUACUGGAGAGAAACCCUAUGAAUGUAAUGAAUGUGGUGAAGCCUUUGCACAACUCAGUAAUCUACAAAAGCAUGAAAGAAUACAUACUGGAGCCAAACCCUACGAAUGUAAUCAGUGUGGGAAAGUCUUUUCUCAACAUGGACAUCUCCAAACGCAUAAAAGAAUACAUACUGGAGAGAAACCCCAUGAAUGUAAUCAAUGUGGUAAAGCCUUUGCACGUUGA